AUGACGUUGGCGAUGUGCAAAAAACUUCGAGGUUGUAAGGAUUUGCUGAAGGAAUGGGAUCGUGCUAAUUUUGGGGACUUGUGCCUCCGAAUUGUUGGUAUAAAAGAACAAUUGUUGGAUGUUCAGAAACAGCUUGGAAAUGGUAACAACCCAGACUUUAGGGCCUUGGAGAAAGAGUUGAUUCGUAAGCUAGAAGACCUAUGGCAAAAGAAUGCGAUGUUUUGGCACCAACGUUCUCGGGUAAAAUGGUUGCAAAUGGGGGAUAAGAACUCUCGUUUCUUCCAUUUGACUACCAUUCAAAGAAGGCAACGAAAUCAGAUAGUGAGACUAAAGGACAAUGAUGGAGUUUGGCAUUCUGAAAAUAAAGAGAUUGCGGGGAUCAUUAAGAACCACUUCCAAUCCCUGUAUGAUACCCCUCCUGCUAGGGACUUUGGGGACUUACUGAGUUUGAUUGAACCUAUUAUUACGCCGGAGAUGAAUGCUUGUUUAGUAAAAGAAGUCUCCCUUGACGAAGUGGGAGCUGCUGUAUUCGCAAUGGGACCUCUUAAAGCGCCGGGAUCUGAUGGUUUUCCAGGGUUGUUUUACCAGACUUAUUGGGAUGUAGUUGGUGACGUUGUCUUCGAAGCGGUGCAGAAUUUCUUCCAAAAUGGGGUUCUUCUUCGAGAGGUAAACCAUUCAAAUGUUACACUCAUCCCUAAGGUUGCAAACCCUGAAACUAUUAGCCAAUUCCGACCGAUUAGCCUCUGUCGGUUUGUGCACAAGAUUAUUUCUAGGAUUCUCACUACCAGACUUCAAACAUUAAUGGGGAGUAUUAUUUCAGAGCAACAAUCAGCUUUCAUCACAGGCCGUCAGGUGCAUGAUAACAUCAUUGUGGCCCAUGAAGUGUUCCAUUUUCUUAAACAUAAGAGGGUGGGUUCAAAAGCUUCUGUUGCUAUAAAAUUAGAUCUUAAUAAGGCCUAUGAUCGAGUGUGCUGGGAGCCUGGGACUUCAUGUUUCAAGUCAUGGUUAAACUGGGUUUCGAUAAAAAGUGGAUUGAUUGGAUUAAGCAAUGUGGGUGUUCGGUUAAAUAUUCCAUCUAUGUCAAUGGGGGCCAGAUUUGCUUUAGAGAAUAAAUCCCUGGCUGGUGUCCGCAUGAGGAAAAGAUGCCCAGUGGUAUCACAUUCGUUAUUUGCAGAUGAUUCCCUAGUUUUUCUUGAUGCAGUGCCUCAAUUCUGCACCAAUUUCAAGGAGUUGAUGAAUUGCUUUAGUGAAGCUUCAGGCCUGUCCCUCAAUGUUCAUAAAUCAAGCCUCAGUUUUUCAGCAAAUACACCGGACAACCUCAAGAAUGAGAUCAAAGGAAUUCUGGGCAUGAAAGAAAUGGAGGGGUCCACUACUUAUUUGGGGUUACCGGCUCUUUGGGGAAGGUCAAAAAAAGAGUCCAUGGGCUACCUCAGAGAUAGGAUCAUCAGGAAAGUUCAAGGGUGGAGUAACAAUCAUUUAAACCAGGCGGGAAAAGAGGACUUCGAAUCUUUCAAUUUAGCCCUCCUUGCUAAACAAUUCUGGCGCCUUCUGACUAAUCCAAAUGCUCUAUGGGCAAGAGUUCUUAAGGGACUUUACUUCAACAACAAAUCUUGUAUGGAGGCUGUUCGAGGGGCCUCGCCAUCGUGGAGCUGGUGUAGCUUAUUGGAAGGAAGAAAUCUCAUCCAGGAGGGAGUCCAAUGGAGUGUGGGCAAUGGAGAAUCAAUUCAAUUUUGGGAUGAUAACUGGAUUCCGGAUCUUAAUGGGACUAAGGUUGCCUCUCUUCCUAAUGUUCAAAGGGAGCCUCUUAAAGUGGUUGAGUUCAUUAAUCAUGUCACCAAAACUUGGGAUUCAGAGAAGCUGAAGUGUGUUGUCCCUGCUGCGGAAGUGGAAGCCAUUUGCAAGAUCCCAAUCAGCCUUACUGGUUUGCCUGAUAAACUCAUUUGGAAACACACCAACUCUGGGAAUUACACAGUGAAAUCAGGUUAUGGCCAAUGGUUUCUGAAUAAUGCAAGGAAUAAUCAAGCAGCCCCCUCAACGUCUCAUGUUCCUCCAAAAACUAUGUGGAAUCGCCUGUGGAAUAUCCCAACAAAUCCUAAGGUACGUAUGUUUAUGUGGAAAGUAGUUUGCAAUUGGAUUGCUUGUAGAGAAAAUUUGUUUAAAAGGAAAUGUGCUACCAGUCCAAUAUGCUCUAUUUGUGAUCAUGAAUCUGAAUCCAUUGAACAUUUACUUUUUCACUGUCCUUGGAGUCGAGCUGUCUGGUUUGGAAGUGGGAAGUCCUAUUGGGUAUUGAGAAAUGAGAGGGUUACAGCUGAUAAAUGGAUGGAAGAUCUGUUGUGCGGAGAUUUGGCAAAAGAAACUACCAAAGAAGAUAUAGGGUGUAUUUUUCAACUCUGUUGGGCCAUUUGGAAAUCCCGGAACAACUGGGCUACUUUUGCAAAGGUGAGGAAUUCUCCUACGGUUGCUGCACCAGUGGGUAGGAGGAAUCCCCCCCCCCCUGGUGUUCUUAAAAUUAAUUGUGAUGGAGCGUAUCAAUCUUCCCGCAGCUAUGCUGCCUUUGGCAUUAUUGCCAGGGAUAGUGGUGGAUUAGCUCGAUUUUUGCGUUGUGAUCGUGUAAAGAGCAGUUCAGCAUUGGCUAUCGAAGCAUGGGCAUUAAGGAUUGCAUGUGCUAUAGCUUUAGCGAUGGAUGUUUCUGUUGUAAUUUUCGAAUCAGAUUGCAAAAAUCUUAUCGACAGCAUCAAUGACCCGAAGGCUCAGGUCGGUUGGCAGAUUUCUACAACAGUAGAGAAUAUUAAAAGAUGGGCAGGUGCAAAGCAAUGGAGUUUUGUGUGGACCAAUAGAAAAAACAACUCAGCGGCUCAUUGA